AUGCGUUUAACUAAACAAGAAGGUCCAAAAAACAUUCAGCAUCACCAGCGAGCGAAGUUUUAUUUGCUGCCCCAAGCCGAGUUCUCAGCUUCCAAGUCGGGGGAUCUGUGGACAAAUUGGACCCAGGCCCGAAUUGUGGGUGGCUCGAUGGCGGCACCGAAUGAGUUUCCCUGGAUGGCUAUGCUAUUUUACCAGAACCUCACAACAUUCACUUCUAUCUCGUAUUGUGCGGGUUCGCUAAUAAACAAUCGAUACGUCCUGACUGCAGCCCAUUGUGUGCAUGACCUCCCAGGCGACUUAAUACUUAAAAAGGUUCGUUUUGGGGAGCACAAUAUUAGCACAAACCCAGACUGCAACAUCCGGAGAACCUAUUGUGCUCCCCGUCAUGUGGAAAUCAACGUGGAAAGUAUUAUUUUGCACAGCCAGCUUAAUAAAAGUCCCAGAAAGCGAUUCGAAAAUGACAUCGCGUUGGUUAGACUUAAAAUUCCAAUACGAUACACAAAGGAAAUCAGGCCGAUUUGUAUUGAGGGCCAUUAUAACAUUCCGGCAAAUGCAACAUUUUUGAUAGCCGGCUGGGGCAAAACGGAGGAUCGCAGUCGCAGUGAAGUCCUGAUGCGGACCACCAUUCAAAACAGGCGUCCACAAGUAUGCAUGGGGGAAUUCACGAACGUGGACUUCGAUCCCAGGUCCCAAAUAUGUGCCGGUGGACUGGACGGCAAUGACACCUGUUCUGGCGAUUCCGGCGCUCCGUUGAUGAUGUUCAUCGGACAUGGUUUCGACCAGGUCGUUUAUCAAGUCGCCUUCCGGCAUGAGUAA